AUGUUCGAUGCCAUUGCGGAACUACCAGUGCGACUCACCUCACUCAAAACACUGCACAUCGACUCUCUACCUUUCAUCGAGAAACUCCGAAACCACAGCCUGGAAACGUUACGCUGGGUAGGUCCCACACAACCAGGACAUUUAGACACCAUCCUCUCACGACAAGGCCAGAGCCUAACGCACCUUGAAUACCGCUGCGACGAGCUCGACUGCCCCACCUGGCCCACCCAUACCAACAUCACCGACCUCGCUCUCUCCGCCCCAGCCCUUCAACACCUCAGCAUCAACCUCCCCCGCAACCCCAAUGGCACAUGGCCCCUCAAUCAUCUCUCAGCGCUAUCUCGCAUGCCCUCCCUCACAACCGCAGAUCUCUACUUCCAACUGCAAGCGCCCUGCGAAGCACAACGGUACCUGCUCGGCACCCGCAUAAACUGCGGACGCGCAUACCGCCAGCUGGAGCGCUGCAGCGGCCCCGAUUCGUUCGCGGCCCCGUAUCUAAAUGCCACAACUGCAUUGCACAUGUUCCGCUGGCUGCGCACUGAAGGUACCAGCCAGCGCCUCGCAGCGGUGACGUUCCGCACGGGGGACUGGACAGUGGGGCGACAGACGUGGUGGUCGCAGCCGUUUGUGUCUGAUCGGCGGAGUGCGGUGCAUUGCCGCGUUGAGGGAGAGAGGGAGGUGUGUGAGGCGCAGAAUGAAGGGUAUUGGCAGAGGUAUUUUGGGAGGGAUUUGGAGUGGGACGGCGAGACGUGGGUUGUGGAUGACGAUCUGGAGGAUUUUGAAGAGGCAGAGUAUCAGGGAGAUGUUGGAUGGAUGGAUAGUCUGAGGGAGAAGAUGAGGAAGCGGAUAGAGGCUUUUGACAGAUGA